UGUCUCGCAGCCAUUUUAUUAAACAGUGGCAUCUUGCAUGUCUGUCCAGACGCUUGUGCACAUUUGCUCUCGCAAUUCACCUGUGUCUUGUUUUAUUCUAGAGAUCUAGUGAGAUUUCAUGGUGCUGUUAGGCACAAAAAAUUUGACUAACGCUUACGGCGGUGUCUGCAGAGGCCAAGUCAAUACAGGCCUCAACAUUCGACACCUGAGCACUUCGACGCUGCGUAACUUGUUCUUCAAGUUGUGUAAAGCCUGCCAGCUGAAUAAGAUGGCCUCAAUUCCGCCGUCGGCUUUCCAUGCAGGGCGUAUCCGAGAAACCCAGCAUGAAAGUCGUGAUAUGAAGCUGUCUACCACUUGUAAAAGCGGCGGCUCUGGGAAAUAUUUUAAUACCAACUUAAUGGAGCUGUCCCCAUUGAAAUAUAAUAGCAAGUUGAUGAAUAGUAUCUGGGGACUGUACAACCGCUAUUCUCCCCACAAUGUGAAAAAAGUGAACGACGCUCAUGGUAUCAAGGCGGAAUUGCAGCAGUCAGCUUGCAAUUCCGCGAAGAAUGAACCUGUGAUUACUUUGCCGUCGGCGAAGUUGGAUAACGUUUGGGCUGCCAUCAAUGUGUCUCAAUCCCAUUGAUUUCCCUUUCUUUACUUGUAAAUUGGGAAACUGCCAAGCCCUAUUACUAGUCAUAAGUGAUUUUCAUGAUCUAUAAAUACAUUAAAUAUACUUGCUUUUUCUCGUUAGAAAUUAAAUUGAUUACAAUAUCAAACAAAAA